UUCUUAUAAUCAACUUUAUCAGGUCCAAUCUAUCCAGUGAACAGCAUAUGGCCCGUCCAUCAUUUUCGUAGCUACGUCCUUAUGAUGGACCUCUAGUGGCUUUCCGUGCAACCUCUCAUCACAGUAUCAGAUGAGUAGCUACCGCAUCAUCAAACAACAGCCAAGCGGGAAGUACAGCGAUGAAGAUGCAGUGGUGAAUGGGAUCGAUCCACCGUCGUAUUCAUCUUUCAUCUUUAAGUCUCCUAUCUGCUCGUCGCACAUCUAGUUUGAUUCAUAUCUCGAGAAUCAUAUACCUAGAUCGAGAACUUGAAUCGCGGGCACCUCAUCAACUUUCAACCACCAUCUCUGUCCUCUCACUUCCGAUUCUUUCUUCCGAUGUUAUUGUUCAUGCUUUCACUUUGGUCAGUGACCUGCAAAAAAUAAUCUUCUAUGCUCAAGAAAUUUCAAAGGUUAUUAUCGGCUGCACAUGAUUCGAGUAACCUCGUCUCUGCCCUAGCAGCCCAGGGUAUGGCUAUGGGUAGUGGCAGCGAAACCACAUCGACUUCCGCACCGUUCAAUUUUGAACCUAUCACCGAUCCAGUCACCCCGAACGAAGUCAUAACAGCAACAGUUUCAGGAAGCCCACCUCCCUUCCGCGUAGUUUUUUCCAACUCGAAAGAUGGGGCAUUAGUGACUGCAACUCCGACUAUAAUCGCCAGCUACUUUCCCAUUUCAACUGAGUCGGAUCGGGCAGGAUUCAGCCUAACUGUGCCAUCAUUGAGCGUCGGUGAAGAUGUCGUGUACAUUGAAUACAUUUCGAGCGAAACCACUCCAUUUUCUAUUAAUACUUUUCCGUUUGCUAUCGGUACAGUACUGCGAGUCUACGUACUUCAAGUACUACAACCAGUAGUGGAGGAUUGUCGAACAACUCUGCAUUUGCCACGGAGUCUCCAUCAACCACGGACCCUUCAUCAACCACGCACUCUUCAUCAACCACGGACUCUUCAUCAGUCCCCGCUGCGUCGCCUUCCCCGCUUUCCGCAGCGCGAAAACCUAAGAAAUCCAACAUACCCGCUAUAAUAGGCGGCGCAAUUGGAUUGGUUGUCUCUAUUCUAAUCGCGAGUCU